UCAUGGCAGACGGCUUUCCGACGCAACGAUACAAAGAGGAGCUUUUGAGUCAGGAGUUUGAGACGAUAUGUGAUAAAUACGAUUCAUUUGUGGCAGAAACUUCGCAAAAAUCAAAGACGUUUGCAUUUUGGAGCAUUUAUCUUAAAAUGACAGGUAUAUUGCUGAUGUUCGUCCGUGCAACGCGAAAGAUCGAUUGGGAGCUCCAUUUAUCUACAUUCAGACAAAUGCUUCCUUGGUUUUUUGUGUGUAAUAAGACUAAUUAUGCAAGAUAUGGAACAGCUUACUGGUUGGAAAUGACGUCUUUGCAUGAAAAACAUCCAGGAAUUCGACUUGAAAUGUCAAAAAAUUUUGCCAUUCAGCGUCAAAGUCAUCAUGGCUUCGCCGCAGUUGCAUGCGAUCAAACUAUAGAGCAGACAGUAAACCGUGAUGCAAAAACUAAGGGAGGCUUGAUUGGUUUCACAUUGAAUCGUGGUGCAGUGCAUCGAUGGCUUCUUUCACAAUCACAGAGAGCAGCAAUAACCAGCCAAUGCAAGAGCUUAGCAGGAAUGGAGUACAAACCAAGAAAACGUAAAGACCUCGAUCCCACUAAAUGCGAUCGCUACGAGAAGUCGGUAGAAAGUGUGAUAACCACCGUUUCAAAUAUGUUACAACCGUUUGAUGCAGAGCAGGAGAGCUUAGUAUCGUUAGCAAGUGGAUUUGUCAUUGAUGACAAUGUUGCCAAAAGUUUACUUGGAGCAGAACAGAGUGGAGAAGAUCAAUUUCAAGAUUUUGUUAAAAACAAUCUCGCUAUUGAAACGCCAGAUAUUUUCCAAACAAUUAAGAAGAACAAGCUUCCCUCUAUCCAGAAAACUAAAACAGGGAUAAAAAACAGUGGCGGAAAAGAAACUGGACUCAAAAUGAGUAGAAACUUGUUUGCAAAGCUUUUACUUGUUGCAAAAAGCCGGGACGUUGAUAUGCAAAAUAUCUUGUCUUAUUGCCUUGGUGCAUAUCCCUUGUCACUUGCCUCCGUAAGUGGUAGUUUUUUAAAGACAGCAAAAUCAAAAUUGGCGGAGAUACUGGAACGAGAAGGCGAAAACCCACAUGUGGAUCAAACAGACAUCCCUCAUGAUAACGCACUCAUUGUAGACGCCAUGGCUGUUGUGCAGUGCUUGAAAGGAAACUGGAAAACAUUUGGGGAUUUUGCGGAUUCAGUUUUCCGUUUCCUCAUAAAAUUAGCUCACGAUUGUCGUGCAUUAAGACUAGAUUUUGUCGCUGACAGGUAUCUUGCUCUAAGUAUCAAGAACACUGAGCGAGUAAGACGCGCUACAGAAGGAGUUCAACGAGUACACAUAUAUAGCCAAGAGCAGAACAUUCCUAAGCAGUGGAAAAAAUUUCUGAGCUCUGGAGAAAACAAAGAAGCGUUGCUCGAAUUCUUCAUCAAACAUUGGAAAUCAUAUAAGUCAUCCAAGCUUGCUUCUGUCUCUGUUCUGUACGCAACAUCUAAGGAUAAAUGUUACAUAUACCGUCCCGGUCGAAAUGGAGAUGACCCUGUUAGAACAGCCUCGUUUCCACCACUUGAUAGCAACCAUGAGGAGGCAGAUACUCGCCUAUUGUUGCAUGCCAAGCAUGCCGCAAGCACGUAUGACACAGUAAUAAUCAGAAGUCCUGACACUGACGUUCUCGUUCUUUGCACUGCCAUGCAACAUGUGAUUGAGAAGGAUAUUUACAUGAUGACGGGCUCAGGAAAUAAAUUUCGCUGUAUUCAUAUAAACACAAUUUGCGAAAAACUUGGUGAAGACACAUGCAAAUGUCUGCUAGGUUUUCAUGCAUUUUCAGGCUGUGAUUCCACAAGCUCAUUUCAUGGAAAGGGAAAAGUUAAAGUUUGGAAAACGUUAUCUGAAAAUCCAGAAUUUACAGAAACUUUUGGCAUGCUGGGCAACAUGUUUCCACCAUCUGACCUCAUAGUCAGCCAACUCCACCGGUUUGUGUGUUUGAUGUAUGGCGAUAAGAUUGCUGUUAAUACUGAUGAAUGCAGAUAUAACCUCUUCAAAUCAGGGAAAUAUUCAGAUGAUGUGUUACCACCAAAUUCUGAUUGUCUCUUGAAACACAUUGAGAGAGCUAAUUAUCAAACAGCUGUGUGGAAUCAGUCUCUGUCAUCUCAUAUGAAUAUUCCAUCUCCUGAUGGGAAUGGGUGGAUAUUAGAUGGCGAAUAUAAGAUCUUGUGGAUGACACUUCCUGCCGCACCAGAUUCCCUCCUUGAAAUUGUGAAGUGCACAUGUAAGAAAGGAUGUACAAGCCAAAGAUGUUCUUGCUUUAAAGCUCAACUGAAAUGCAGUGACUUGUGUUCUUGUGAAAGCUGUAGCAAUACGGUAGAAGUGGAUGAGGAUGGAAGCACAUCAGAAGAUGAUUGCGAUCUCUUUGAUGACAAUGAUGAUGUCAGUGAUGAUGACGAGUUACUAAGUAUGUAA